UCUCAUGGCUUUUUUUCUUUUGAAUAAAUUCUCUCAGGCUGAGAGAGAGAGAGAUUGGCCAGGCUGCCAGCAGUACACACUAAAAGCCGUCAGGUUGGUUCUCUCGGAUUUUCACCUCACAACACCGGGAGGGGAGAGAGAGAACAAAGCACCCAAAAUCCUAAUGUUGUGAUUUGUUAUCCCAUCAAACCAAAGCAAAGAUCUUUUCUUUCACACCGGGCACAGCCACCGCCACCGCCACCGCCGCUGCUACCAGCAGCCACAGAACGGCAGAACCCACAAAGCUCACGAAUGGGAGAGAAGGAGAAAGAAAAAAGGAAACAGAAGCAUCAAAAGGACAGCAAAUCCUCAUCGGAUCCCUCUUUCAAACCCAGUUCCGACGUCAAGGGUCUCCGUUUCGGCGGUCAAUUCAUCGUAAAAUCCUUCACAGUCCGACGUGCCGCCCCUCUAGAACUAUUUCGUCUCCUUGCUCUGCCCCCAACCUUAAACAACAACACACAUAACCACCACCAUAGCCAUCAUUAUAAUAAGAAUAGUAAGCAAGAUCAAGAGCAGCAGAAGCAGCAGAAGCAGCAGCAGCAAACCUUGUCCUUCCCCUUCCCAUCGACCACAGCGUAUCUGCCCACCAACUUCACCAUAUUGGCUCACCACGCAUGGCACACCCUCACUUUGGGGCUGGGCACCAAGAAGUCCAAAGUUCUUGUAUUCGUUUUCGAAUCGCAGAUCAUGAAAUCCGGGGUGGAUCGGAUAUGGCCGCCGGAGAUUCCCCUGGGUGAAGUUAAUCGGAAGCUGAUUAGGAGUCUCACCGGAUGCGAAAUGGCACGGUUCAAAUUCCGGAAAGGUUGCAUCACCUUCUAUGUCUAUGCGGUUCGCCCAGUGGGUAGCUCUGGUUUCUUAUGUACGGAUGAUCUCAAGACUAUUCUUCAGGCCGUCGUUGCUCUUAACGAUUUCUUGGACCACACCGCCAUGCUCGCGUUGCCCAGCCAGAGGAGCAUCAAUUACUCCCCUCCAGUCGCCAUGGCUCACUAGUCCAGCCCUUCUUCUUUUCCCCUCAUCCUCCUCCAUCUACUUCUCCUAAUUUUUCUGUGUUUCUACUCUGUAUAUUAGGGAAAAAAAGAAAAAAAAUGGAGGUUCAUUUCUGUCUUUCAUGAAUCAUGAUACUCAUUUUUGGAGUCCCUUUUCUUUUCUCUUCUCUUCUUUCCCUUCGUCCCUUAACUUUUGGGUUGUAAUUGAAUUUCAGUGGGAGAAACAGGAAACUUGCUGCAAUGAAGAUUAAAGAGAGACCCAAGGAAGUGCCCUGGGCACUCUGUAGUAUGGAA